AUGGCCACCCGCAGAAUCAUCUCCCAAGAGAAGACUCUCCUUGAAAAGGAUGACCGUAUCGGUUCCAGCCCGGCGGCAAGCGAGAAGUCCAACAUCGCGCCAGCCGUCCCUGCUUCCGUAAUUAUCAAGCUCCUAGCUUUCACUUUUGCCAUGAUCGUCAUCCCCAUCAGCUCCUACUUCCUCACAGUCGACCGUUUGUUCAAGGGAAACUCAACAUACGCCGGAGCCACGGCAGCUAUCAUGGCCAAUGUGGUCUUAAUUGGAUAUAUCAUUGUUGCUAUGGCGGAGGACCAGUCGGAUCAGGAGAAUGAGAAGAAAGGAGGUGGUGGGAAAUCAGAAGGGAAGAAGGACCUUUAA